AUGGAAGGCUCUAGCGAGGAACUGGAACCACCUAAGAUCACGCAGGAAGCAGUAGCAGGCUCUGAAGAAGUUCAAGAGCCCGGUAAGCAAGGACCUUCUCUCCAAUCCGAAAGCUUCGAUCCCCAACAGAUUCUGUUGGAGGCAAUUGAUCGCCGUAGGCAACAGUACAACCCCAGACAGGCUUUUUUCCUUUCUAAUUUGGGAUUUGAUAUCCACAAUCCAGUCCGGCAUACAGGAAACUCGCCAUCUGAAUUUCUUUUUGUACCAAACGAUCAGGUAACCGCUGCGCAAACAGGAUUUGAUGAAAGUCUAUUUGUGCCGCAGGAAGAAUAUUCGUCAUUGUAUCUUCCACCUUCGGGUCCAGAUGUGCCUCCGAUGUCUCCAGAUGAUCAAAAUAUUCUCGAACUACUUCAGAGUGACACAAGUCCACCUGUUCAACAGCUUUCGCAGGUUGCACCUCACUCGAGCGCCAGUGCUUCACAAACAGGAAAUGCAGGCACAGCAGCUGCACCUGCCGAUGAUGAGGAAGACCCAAGGCUGUCCGUACCGUCAUGUGUCGACUUAUUAUCAUCCUCAUCUUCGACUUCCGGGAACACUGACGUUCCGGUAGAAGACUUCCCGGAUGACACUGGAGACCAAAGCUGCCCAACAGAAUGGCCUGACGAGGAGCUUGAAGCUAGUACCAGGACUGACCUAUCAAAGCGGCAAUUCAAUUCUAUCAAGAAAUGGUUUGAUAAGAUUGACGAGCCUGAUGAAUCCACUUCACGACAGGAACCUGUCGUGAAAAGGACUGAAAGCUCUCAUGAUGUCCCUGUCAAGCGACAGCCGAAACAGCGACGACAAAACAGGAUUUCAGCAGACGAAAAGCGAAAGAGCAAGGAACUCGGUCUUGCUGUUGUUCUUGCGCGCCAGAAGAAGAGGGAGAUGUCGAAGAGAGCACCCCGUAAACGCAAAGAUAGAGGGUUCGACAACGGAAUCCCUGGCCCCAGUAAAAGGCCGAAGCGAGGGCCCCUGGGUACCAAAAAAUACCUAGAAUACCUCCUUUCUUCUGGAGUCGUGGAAGAUGCACAUGUCAACGCUUCACUGGAUGCGAUACCUGCUUCUAUUGACAAGAAUAAGAUGAAAGCACUCAAACGACUUGUCGCUACUAUUCCGAGUGUGGAUCAGAAGGAGGCUAAAUCUGACAAGAAAAAAAUUCUUGAAGCUACUCGCAAGUUCACAUGCAGUCCGAGAAGCGAUGGAAAACUCGGGUGGAACAUCAAGGGAAUGAAAACAAGUUUAUAUCACUAUCAGCUACUUGGGGCUGCUUUUAUGCGUGACCGCGAAAAUUCGUCAGAGGGACCCUUCGGGGGACUCCUCUGUGAUAUCAUGGGUUUCGGGAAAACUAUUCAAGCACUGGCAAAUAUCGUAGAUGGAAAACCUUUUGAUCCGGAGGAUCCUGAGAAGACUACGCUCAUUGUUGUUCCAUCGCACCUAGUCACUCACUGGAAAACACAGAUCAACAGGCACUGCGACGAGAAAGCAAUUGGUGAUGUCCUUAUAUACAAAGCUAGUUCAAGGCUUGAGUCCCUCAAUACAGUAGGAAGCCUCGCGAAAUAUGAUGUUAUAAUCACUACGUAUGAUGAGGUCAGGCGGUCUUAUCCACCAAUGAAGCUCACCGAUAGUAUUAAGGACGAUGAGAAGCUUUCAGCCUGGUGGGAUCAAUCCUUCGAUACAGAGACCGGCCCGUUACAUAAAAUCAAGUUCCACCGAAUCAUUCUUGAUGAAGGCCACACCAUCAAGAAUCACAUAUCCUCAGUGUCGAUCGCCGUCCGCUCUCUGACUGGCCACUAUAAGUGGAUUCUAAGCGGAACCCCAGUGCACAACCAUCUAGAAGAAUUCUAUCCGCUUUUCGACUUUCUCGGCGUUCCCGGCAUCAAAGAUGCUGGAGUUUUCAUAAAGAACUUUUGCAGCGAUGACGAAGGCCAUGACCGCCUCGUAAACCUAUUGCGAGCUUUUUUGUUUCGGCGAACACACAAAAGUCGACUUUUCUCACUGCCAGUAAUUAAACUACCCGAUGUCAACGAAAGAAUCGUCAGGGUCCAAUUCUGCGCCGUCGAACGAGAGCUUUACAACGCCAUAUCAGAGGUCUUCAUAGAAAACAUCAAUGGUUGUGCCCAUUUCGAUCAGCCCAAGUUAGCACAGUAUCGAUGCUUUCUAUCAAUGAUUUUGAUGCUUCUCCAAUGGCUCUCAACAGUGAGAAAAAACACGACAGUUCUUAAUGAGCGUAAUGAUGGAGACACAGGCCAGUAUGCCACAGAGCUUCAUGGGGAUGAGACAGCAUUGACGAAAAAUUUCCGCCAACUAAUGGACGAGCUUCAUUUGAGAGAAAUUUGGGAAGAAAGACUAGAAAGGACAAAUUGCCCCGUCUGCAAAUCUGCACCAGUGAACCCCCUGAUAACUUCAUGCAGGCAUUUAUAUUGUGAGGAGUGCUACUACUCCUUACGGAUGGACAAGGACAACAUGCUUAUGGAGCCUAAAUGCGUCAACUGCCGUGUUUUGAUUACGGAAGCCGCUUAUUUUAAGGAAGAGGGUAACGAAAAGACACAAGGCGCAUGGAUUCACGGGGUAACUAUCAGGAAGGAAAAGCAGCGCCAAAAGAGAACCACAACCAAGAAACAAUCUAGGAGCAGCAUUCGCCAGAUCACGGCGCCACGAGCAGACGAAACGGAUGAAGAGCCGGACGCCGACGAGGAUACGGACUGGAUUAGAGCGUGUGCCCAGCAUAUGCCGAGUGCGAAACUCACGAAGAUACGCGAGAUUCUUACAGAGUGGCUUGCUCAGGAAUCCUCGGGCAAGAUAGUCAUCUUUACCCAGUUUCUAGAUUUCGUUGAAAUCCUGUCUACCAUGUGCGAAGCAGAAGGGUGGCCGUUUGUCCUCUUGACUGGAAAAUUGGGUCUAUCAGUCCGCGAAAACAAUAUGAAGACGUUUAGUGAUAAGAAUAGCGAAGUGAGGAUUCUUAUUGCCAGUUUGAAGGCUGGAGGCAUCGGACUAGACCUAUCAGCCGCCAACAAAUGCAUUCUUGUUGACUUGUGGUGGAACGAAGCUAUUCAGGAGCAGGCAUUUUGCCGCUUGUUUCGAAUUGGGCAAGAAAGCGAGGUGGAAUUUGUGAAGCUUAUCGUCGAUAAUUCUAUUGAUGACUACCUGCUCAAUUUGCAGACGCAUAAGACGGCUGUUAUAACCGGAGCUAUGGGCGACGGAGUCCUAGCGGGAAGGGAUACAAUUGAGGAUCUCCUUCGAAUGUUCGCAGAUGUCGAAAAGGACUCUAGAGGGGUACUUCAUCUCAGGGCCAAGACAGCGUCGAGGGAUAUCAGGAUUGGGGCUGGAUUCCGACCAUCUUUUGGCGUCUUUUGA